UUCUGAUAAUAUAAAAGCAUUGAGCCAAUCAGACGCAGAGAGCAGAAAAGAUGGCAGAGAGUCAUCACAAAUGUUUAAUCAAGACUUGUCCCUUAUAGAAAAUCAUAUAAGACCACUGGUGGAGAAAGAAGAUACCUCUGAAUAUGAAAAAGGAUUAGGUGAUGGCUUCCUUUCAGAAGUUUGAGAUAUCUCCUCUCUUCAACAAUUAGGGCUUCAUUUGUUAGAUCCUUUGCAGAAAGAAUCUUUAGAGUUAAAUACUGAGAUAAAGCUGAAUGAAGAAGGAAUCUUAAUUGCUUGAAAGAAGGAUAAUCCAACAGAUCAUAUUAGAGUAAACGUGAAAGGACUUAUAUCAGGGUUGAAGAAGCUGGAUUCAAAAAUCUUUGAUUUGCUAUUGAGUAAUCUUGGAUAUACCAAAACUCAAUUUGCUGAACUAAACACUCAAGAGAAUCAGGCAGUAAAUUGAAUAAAGAAAGUACCAUCAAAUAAGCUCAAAGUGGGGCAAGAACCUCCCCAAACGAAGAUUAACUUUGAUAAUCUUGAUUUAAUGGGUAUGGAUGAUAUACUGUUUGGUGAGAUUGAAGAGAAAGAACAUACUUCUCAAUGUUCAGAAGAAGGCAAGGUUGCAAUUCCAGAACAGUUUUCAGCUCCAGGUAUUUUUAAAAUCAAGUAUAUAGUGCAAACAUCUGUUCGCAUAAAUUUAUUCGAAGAGGAAAAGGGCAAUGAAAUCGACCUUCACCAGUUCAUUAAUGAAGAAGAUCUGAACAAGUGCAAUCAAGCAGAAGAGUAUACACAGAAAUUAAAGAAGACUAAAUCUAGUCAUCAAAAUAAUGGUCUUCAAUCUUUAGAUUGCGACAAAAAUUCUCACAACUUUCGUCAUCUCAAAAGUAACGAUGAAUCGCUAAAACUCAUGCAAGAAAACGACAUGUACAGAGAAAAACUCCGACUCGCUCUGAGAGCGAUCAAAAUCCGUGACACUCAAAUCCACCGCCUCAAGAGUGAAGGUAACGUAAUCCCUCUCGACAUGACUAACUCCCGGCUGCACCUCGCCUUCCUGUUCGCUUCUCCUCUGAUUAGGAAAGUCGAAGGCGGGACUGACAAUGUUAUGCUAUUAGACUGCCAGAAGGAGAUCAGAGACAUUGUGGACGUAUGUAGUGCAAUGGAUUACGAGAUGAAAUAUAAAUCAGUAGUGGCCACUCCGAGUAACAUGAGAAGUGUACUGACUGAUGGUCCAAUAGCUCUCCAUUUUUCAGGCCAUGGAAUGGAGAAUAAGGAAGUAGGGUACAAGAGCAGGCUUGGUGGGGAGGAUAAAGGGGAUAUAUUGCUUCUUGAGAAUGAAAAGUGCAUGACAGAGUAUUUUUAUGAGAGGGAUUUGAAGAAAAUGAUCAAGCUUUCGCAGAUUAACCUCGAAGUUGUGUUUGUAUCCUCAUGUCACUCUGAAUUUGCAGGCAAAGUCUUCCUAAAUGCUGGAGCAAAGCAUGUCAUCUGCAUUAAGCAGAGUGAAGAAGUCGAUGAUGGAGCUGCAUUACGCUUUUCAAAAGUGUUUUAUGAAACACUGUUUGUUAAGAACUAUACAGUCUGUGCAUCAUUCCAUAUCGCUAAGGAAGAAGUCAGGAAAAUACUGAAAGAUAAUGAAGCAAAUAAGUUCCUAUUGUUAAUGCCUCAGGAGAAAGGUCAUCACUUGAAUAGUAGGUCAAAGCAUUUAUGCCAAGCAGUCACUAAUAUCAAACCUGGAGGGUUGAUCAAUCUUGGAGAGAAGCCUACAAUCUUAUCAGUCCCAUCCAAAAUUGAUAACUUUGUUGGAAGACAGAAGGAAAUGUAUGAUAUAAUCAAUCACCUAUCAACCAACAGACUGGUUUCGAUUCUUGGUCUAUCAGGAAUAGGAAAGACAUCUAUUGCAAGGAACCUGGCUGAUUACUUAAAGCAAAGACAUAAAUUCAGAGAUGGUAUUAUUUAUGUCGGACUCAGAGGAUGAGAGUCUUCUCAAAUGUUCCUUGCUAAUCUCUCUUUGAUUAUUAGGACAGAGAUUCAAUUGGAGAAUGAUUACAAGAAAAUGAAAGAUAGUGAGGUUGAAGAUCGGGCUCUAGUUCACAGUUUCUUAAGAGACAAACAGAUUCUCCUAAUUCUCGACAACUGUGAAGACCCAAUUGAUUCAGAUGAAGUUAAUUUUACAAAAGAGAUUGAGAGCAUUCUUGAUGAGUGAAGUGAAUCAAAGUUCUUAUUAACUUCAAGGACAGCUUUAGAACUAAGAUCUCAUCACAAAGAAAUGCAAUUUCCUUUAGAAAGCCUAUCAAAUGAAGCAUCAGUUCGUUGUUUGUUUGAAAAAGCACCUAGAAAAAUCUCUCCUAAUGAAAUAAAGGAGCUCUUUGUGGCUACAAGAUUUAAUUCAUCUCGUUAUCCAAACAAAUCACUUUUCUUAAAGAAUCAUCCUUUGUUCUUAUUGUUAGGAGGGCAUCCUCAGGCGAUUUCAUUAGCAGCUCCAUUACUUCAGUACAAGUCAUUGACAGAGUUAUUCAAUGAUUUAUCUGAUUCAGAUGUAUUGAACCCAAACAAGCCUCAGAAUAAUAAGAAGACAAGUGAUUCACUGAGAAAUGCUCUAGAGCUUAGUAUUUCAGCCAUAAAAAGCUGGAAUUCUCAAACUAUUGAUUUGUUCAUGAUACUUGGGAUGUUCCCUGGAGGAAUCAAGCAGAAUUAUAUUACUAAGAUUUGGGGAGAUGCCACAUGGGUUGUGUUAAAAGACGAAUUGGCCAAGGCCUCUUUGAUAGUAUACAAAACCAACAAUAGAGGAGAGUUUAUUUUCAGUCUGCUCCCAUUUAUUACAAUCAGAGCUUGUGAAUUCCUCAAUCAGAAGCCUCAAACCAAGGCUGAACUUCACGAAAAGUCGUGUCAAAUUCUUGAGGAGUUUUGCAGAGAAAUAUUCGAAGAGAAAAGAUUAUUCACUGUAAAGAAGAAACUUACAGAAAUGGAAGCGAAUAUAUGGGCUUGCAUUUACAGAGGUAUUAAUGUUAUGCAGGAAGUCAGUAAAUCUUCUGGGAAUAACGAAAGAACCAAAGAUCCUUUUAUUACUAAUCGAGCCUGCCCUAGAAGUUCUAUAUCGAAGAUAUUGCCACAGAUCGAAAGUACCAAUCAGGAAGUGGAAGAUAUUACAGAUUCAGACUUGGGUUCAAUUAAUUCUUUGGAUACUCAGAGGCUUGAACUCCUCAUCAACCAUCCAAACGAUUACAGAGCAAGAGAAGAGUUAAAUAAUGAAGAGAAAAUUGUGCUGUUCUACGUCAACACCUUGAUAUCAAUCUCUAAAGAGUCAGACGCGCUGAAGAUGUACAAAUUAUACAAGAAGAAGGAAGAGAUAUCAACUCUUUGUCUUGCUAAUCUAUACAAAUCAGUUGCUUACAUCUACAGCUCAAAAGGCUCUCCUCAAGACACUGAAAGAGCAUUGAAAAUUAGCACCAAAUGCAUCAAACUUUUUGAAUCUUUGAAUAAAGCUAAAGGAGUUGUUGAUCUCAAAUUCUUUAUUGCUUACAAGUUGGGAAUGGUUGAAGAAGAGACCAAGGAUUUUAUCAAAGGAUCCCCAGAAGCAAGACAAAGAUUAUUUACACAAAUCCUUGCCUUCUACCAAGAAAAUGACUUCCCCCAAGAAGCUUUAUUCUGCAACAAAAUCCUUACCUCUCUAUCUCCCCAAGGCAUAUCUCCUUCAAAACUUCCAAAAAUGGACCCUAAACUAUACCUCCGCCUGACAUCUUAACUCCAAACUUCCCAU